AUGGGUGAGGAUGCUUCGCACACAGGAGAUAAAGGUAAACCUUUGGAUGUUACCCCAGAUAUUAUUGUUUCUUUACCUCCACAACUCACACCUAUCAUUCCUACUACAUCCAAAACUGGUUCUCCUACGUUUGAAAACAUCGUCAAACAACCAAUUACAUCUCUUUUUUCUUCACAAUCCAUUGAUCCACCUACCACAACUUCACUAAUUCAAGAUUCUUCUUUCAUGGAAACUGAACAUGAGUCCGAAGGUUUUGGAGGGACAUUUGAAAAUCUGGAGUUUGAUGAAGAAGAAACUGACUUCCUAGAUCACAAUCUCAUGAAAAUGAAACAAUUCAAGAUAUUGAAUACACAACUCAAUUCAAUUUUUCAAUCUCAGGCUGAUCUUGGGGGAGGAAAUUCAGUGACUAGUCUCGAAGUGGAUGGUUUGUUAAAGAUGCUUGAAGGAAGGAUUUCUUCGAAAGUUUUAGGGAUGAUAAAGGAUUCUGAGUCUCGUCUCCUGGAGAAAAUUGAUCUUUGUGAUCAUAGUAAUGAGAUGAGGGUCAAUGCUCAGAAAUCUACUUUUGAAGGUGACCUGAAAGAAUUAAAGUUGGUUGCAAAGGAGAGACAUGUUUUAUUUGUUCAAGAUGUGAAGAAAGUCAGAGAAAAUGUGAAUUAUAAACUCCAAGAGCUUAGACAAGAUAUGAAGAAAGAGAUUUCAAAUGUUCGUACUGAAUUUGCAUCUCUCAAUCAAAAGGUGGACAUCAUAUGUGAUGCAGUUACCAAGUUUGCCAAGUUGUACGAAAGUCUGAGUCCUCACAUUGCUCAAAUUUCUACAACAGAGAACAAGAAUUUCAUGGAGGUUUCCACUAUCUUAAAGGAGCUUAAAACCUUAUCAUCAAUGCCUGCUUUGUCUUCUCUACUAUCCUCUGAAGAUCUUAUCCAGAAAUUUUCUAAAUUUGAAGCCUUACUUCUUCAACAGUUUGCUCCUCUUUCACGAAUAUCGAGCCUUCUUCCCACAACGGAUGCCCCACCUGCAAGUACAGGGGAGCAAGAGGGAGAAAGGAAAAUCGAAGCAGGUGGGACCCGGAAAUGCGGUAUUUCGGGUAAUGGUAGAUCAGUUGGGACCAGGGUGGUCUUGGUUCAUUCGGAAGGCAGAUGGGAGUCGACAGGACUUCAGACAGGAAUGAUGGUAAGUAUUGGAGCAUCGUAUGAGGGGUUAUUUCGUGAGUACUGGUGUGAUGGUCAGCAUUGGGAGUGGCCAGGAUUGCAGUUUCAGCAGAAGAUUUGUUCUUGA